AUGUCGAUUGGAACGCUGGAGCAGAGUCCAAGCGUGCCAGGAGUCGCUCUUCAGUUUUUGCAUGGUGGAGAGGUCCACGGUGCUGGGGUUGGGAGUGGAUUGAGGCUGGAAGGAUUAGGGGUUGCCUGCCUGAUUCGAGUUCCUUCUGAAGUGGUUAAGCAGAGGGCACAAGUAUCUGCUUCUUCAAGAACAUUUCAUAUUUUCUCUAACAUCUUACGUGAAGAGGGCAUCCGAGGAUUAUAUCGAGGCUAUAAAAGCACAGUUUUAAGAGAGAUUCCUUUUUCUUUGGUCCAGUUUCCCCUAUGGGAGUCCUUAAAAGCCCUCUGGUCCUGGCGGCAGGAUCAUGUGGUGGAUUCUUGGCAGUCAGCAGUCUGUGGAGCUUUUGCAGGUGGGUUUGCAGCUGCAGUUACCACACCUCUGGAUGUGGCAAAAACAAGAAUUAUGUUGGCAAAGGCUGGUUCCAGCACUGCGAGUGGGAACGUGUUCUCUGCCCUGCACGAGGUCUGGCGGUCACAGGGGCUGGCAGG